ACGUGUAUUUGAAGCGACGGCACCGCGCGCUGUUUGGAGGUUCAUGGUGAGGCGACGCAGUGUAGGUUUAAACAGUGAUUUGUCGGAUAUUUGUUGACCGCUGGGACCUCCGGGGCACCGCAGGCCAGGCAUGUUCUCCCCGCGCAGCACGCCGAGCUCCGGCCGCAGGCAGCAGCCCCGGGCCGCCGGCAGGAAGAGCGUGGCCGGCACGCCGAGCAGCCUGCUCUUCUCCCCCCGCAGGACGCCGCUGGCCGCGCGGUCGACGCCCACCCGCGUGCAGAGCCACUCCACCGCAGAAUCGGUCAGCUUCGAUGUGCAAAGCUUCGGCUCGUCGCUGCCUGUCAAAGUCAUGGAGGCGCUGACGAUGGCUGAUGCUGACGACCAGAUCUCAGUGAAGGUGGAUGAGAGCGGCUGGGCCUGGAUGGUUUGUGGAGAGAGACUGAUCAUCUGGAAGAUCUGCCAGACCGCCGUGGCCAAGCUGUCUGUCUGUAAGGAGCUGCAGCUGCCCGGCAGUGAGUUCGCCUACACAGCCGACCUGGUGGCUAUAAACUCUCACAUCCCACUGGAUUCAGCUUCUGUUCAGUCCAUCUCCGUGCUGGCGGCGGCGGCGGAGGGAAAGACUCGUUUCUGGCCCAGCCUGUCCCAGGAGGGCAACUACACGGAGACCGACAUCGACAUCGGCGAGCUCUGCAACUUUGUUGUUGCCGUCACAGGCUGCAGCUUCAUCUUGUCCUCCUUUAAGAGUCACCUGCUGAGGGUGAGCGUGGAUUCUUCCAGAAAACUGCAGUACCGAGCUCUGCAGCAGGGCCAGGGCAUGCUGUCCGGCAUCGGGCGCCGCGUCUCCAGCCUGUUUGGCAUCCUCUCCGCGCCGACCAACGACACUCUCCACAGCGUGCUCUGGGUGGAGGCCGCCAGCUGCUUCUACGCCCUGACCAGCUCCAGCCUCAGCAAGUGGGAGCUGGACGAGAGCUCGGAGCGCCAGGUCCUCAGCUGGGACGCCAGCCGGGCUCUGACGGAGAGCAUCGCCGACGCCAUCUGGGGAUCUGAGAGCAACUAUGAGGAGAUGAAGGAGGGAGCGAACGUCACGUAUCUGGAUAUGAAGCUCAGCCAAGCGGGCCUGGUGGUUCUGGCUGCGUCCUGGCACCCGUCGGACACGCCGUGCCUGGCCUACUUCUGCCUGGUCACCCUGCAGGACAGAGGAGCCGCCAUCUCCGACCAGUUCACCGUGGAGGUCACCAAGUACAACCCGCCCUUCCAGAGCGAAGAGGCCCUGCAGUCCACUCGCCUGGUGCUGCCGCGCUCCCCCGGCUCGGCCGCCUUCCUCUACAACCAGGAGCUGGUGUUCGCCUGCUCGACGGGCACCGGCAGGGCGGGGCUGCCCGAGGAGAAGCUCGCCUUCAACUCCCCUGGCGAUGCCGUGCAUGGCGGCGGCUGCUGUGCCAACCUGCCGGUCUUCUUCUCGCAGAACAGCGGCCUGGUGGCGGUGGUGGCCCGGGAGAGCGCCUCCAUCCUGCCUGAGACCAUGGAGGACUCGCUCUGCUCCUCGCUGGCUGCCGCUCCGGAGGUUUCAGCGAUGGAGACUCCGACCAGAGUGGAGCCUGUAGCUCAGGAAGACAAAACCAAGCUGCUCAAGGCCGCCUUCCUGCAGUUCUGUCGUAAUGACCUGGUGGGAGCGCAGACUGUGACGGACGAGCUCUUCCCCGCCGAGGGCGACGGGGAGGACGGAGCCGAGCUGGACGGCCUGGUCACCCGCAUCAACCUGGACCUGGUGGACGAUUAUCCAGCCUCCGACCCCCGCUGGGCCGAGUCUGUCCCCGACGAGAGCGCCGGCUUCCCGCUCACCUCCCUCAUCAUCCUCCACCAGCUGGAGGACAAGAUGAAGGCCCAUGGCUGCUUCAUGGACUUCCUGCUCCAGGUGGGGCUGCUGGACCGUCUCAGCCAGACGACGGUCCGCUCGUCUCCCAUGGCGACGCGCCUGCUGCUGUGCGAGCAUGCCGAGAAGCUGCAGGCCGCCAUGGUGCUGAAGAACCACCACGCCAAGCACAGCGAGCUGGUGAACCGGGCCAUCGCCGCCGCGCUGCAGAGGAGCGGCAUCAACGUGCCGCCCAGCCUCACGGCCGCUGACGUCUUCUUCAGAGAGGUGUCUCAGAUCUCCUCGGUGUUUGACUGCCUGCUGGAGGAGGAGGAGAGCAGCCUGAAGGAGAACCCGGUGGACUCGGUGCAGUGGGCUGAGGUCGUCCUCACCGUCAACACCAUCAUCAAGGACAUGCUUCAGGCUGCCGGUCAGUACAGAGAGGUCAAGGCCUCCAUGUACAGAGCAGCUGAAAGCGCUGCAGCGGAGCCCGAGUACAUCCCCUGGACAGCCUCCGGUGGCAUGGGCGGCGUCCGCACCAUCAUCUCCCGUCAGCACGAGCUCAUCCUGCGCUCGGUGUACCCGCACGCCGACUCGGAGCUGCGCGGCGCCCUGUGCGAGCAGCUGGUGGCGCUGUUGGACAUCUACCUGGGCGGCUACGUGGCCCAGCUGACCUCCCUGCAGCAGCGCGGGCCCCCGGGGGCCCAGCAGGAGCGCUACAACAGCCUGGAGAUGGAGUACAGCCAGCGGCGCUCGGAGCUGCUCGCCCCGCUGCUGGAGCUGGGUCAGUACCAGUGGGUGGCCGUUCUGGCGGAGAAGUACUGCGACUUCGACAUCCUGGUGCAGAUGUGCGAGCAGACGGAAAACCAGAGCCGCCUGCAGCACUACAUGGCCAAGUUCGCCGACCAGAACUUUGCUGACUUCCUGUUCCGCUGGUACAUGGAGAAGGGGAAGCGGGGCAAGCUGCUGUCCCAGCCGGCGGCGCAGCACCAGCAGCUGGCCAGCUUCCUGCAGGCGCACCAGCACCUGAGCUGGCUGCACGACGUGCACGUGCACGACUACCAGAGCGCCUACCAGACGCUGUACAGCCAGGCCAACGCGGAGACGCGCUACUUUGCCAAGAAGAAGACUCUGCUGGCCCUCAGCAAGCUGACGGCGCUGGCCUCCGACAUGCCCGAGGACAAGCUCAACAAACAAGUCGACGAAAUCGUGGAGCAGGAGCGCUUCCUGCUGCACCAGGAGACUCUGCCCCGGCAGCUGCUGGAGGAGAAGCAGCAGAACCCCGACACCAUGCCGCUGCUCAGCGCUCACAACCUCAUCAAGCUGUACAUCUGCGACGACAACAGACGAGCCAACGAGUACGACUUCAAAAAGGCGCUGGACCUGCUGGAGUACAUCGAUGAGGAGGACGCCGUCGACAUCGACCGGCUCAAGUGGGAGAUCUUGGGCAAAGCUCUCAGGAAGGACGACUGGUCCUCUGCCGACGGGAACGACGACCCUCUGGAAGCUGCCAAGGACAGCAUCUUCAUCAAGAUCCUGCUCAUGCUCCUGCAGGAAGGUGUUCCCCUGCAGACGUACCUGCCAGACGUCAAGGACCUGCUGGAGCUCGACGAGCUGGCCACUUUGAAGUCAAAGCCCUUCUUUGAGUUCGUCCUUCGAGCCAAUUAUGAACAUUACCUCCAGUCCCAGAUGUAAAACCCUCUGCACUUCAGCUUUCCUUCGUAUUGUGUGGAUUUAAAAAAAAAAAAAAAAAAAAAAAGAUUUGAAUGAAUGUGUUUGUGUUUCAUAAAUAAA